GAACAAAUGUCCAACGGCAGCUCCAUCACCCAGUUCCUCCUCCUGGCAUUCGCAGACACACGGGAGCUGCAGCUCUUGCACUUCUGGCUCUUCCUGGGCAUCUACCUGGCUGCCCUCCUGGGAAACGGCCUCAUCAUCACUGCCAUAGCCUGUGACCACCACCUCCACACCCCCAUGUACUUCUUCCUCCUCAACCUCUCCCUCCUUGACUUGUGCUGCAUCUCCACCACUCUCCCCAAAGCCAUGGCCAAUUCCCUCUGGGACUCCAGGGUCAUUUCCUACCGAGGAUGUGCUGCACAGGUCUUCCUGUUUGCCUUCUUGCUUGGAGCAGAGUAUUGUCUUCUCACUGUCAUGGCCUACGACCGCUACGUUGCCAUCUGCAAACCCCUGCACUACGGGACCCUCCUGGGCAGCAGAGCUUGUGCCCACAUGGCAGCAGCUGCCUGGGGCAGUGGGUUUCUCACUGCUCUGCUGCACACGGCCAAUACAUUUUCCCUACCCCUCUGCCACGGCAAUGCUGUGGACCAGUUCUUCUGUGAAAUCCCCCAGAUCCUCAAGCUCUCCUGCUCAGAUGCCUACCUCAGGGAAGCUGGGCUAAUUGUGGUUAGUGUCUGUUUAGCCUUUGGGUGUUUUGUUUUCAUUGUGGUGUCCUAUGUGCAGAUCUUCAGGGCCGUGCUGAGGAUCCCCUCUGAGCAGGGACGGCACAAAGCCUUUUCCACGUGCCUCCCUCACCUGGCCGUGGUCUCCCUGUUUAUUAGCACUGCCAUGUUUGCUGACCUGAAGCCCCCCUCUGUCUCCUCCCCAUCUCUGGACCUGGUGGUGGCUGUUCUGUACUCAGUGGUACCUCCAGCCAUGAACCCCCUCAUCUACAGCAUGAGGAACCAGGAGCUCAAGGAUGCAGUGUGGAAACUGAGAACUGGAUGGUAUUCGGCAGCAAUAAACUGCCCAUCUUCUGCUGCAUAA